AUGCACUCACCUCCUAGAGAACAGCCUGCCAUCAUGCUCUGGAAACUGGUUGAAAAUGUCAAGUAUGAAGAUAUCUAUGAGAUGUUAGUCCACACCUAUUCCGCCAUGGACCGGCAUGAUGGAGUGCCCAGCCACAGUUCCAGGCUGUCCCAGCUGGGAUCCGUCUCCCAGGGACCCUACUCCAGCGCUCCUCCGCUGUCUCACACCCCGUCCUCGGAUUUCCAGCCGCCUUAUUUCCCACCCCCCUACCAGCCUCUUCCUUACCACCAAAGCCAGGACCCUUACUCCCAUGUCAAUGACCCCUACUCCCUAAACCCCUUGCAUCAACCCCAGCAGCACCCCUGGGGACAGAGGCAGAGGCAAGAGGUGGGAUCAGAAACCGGGUCACUGCUGCCACAGCCUCGGGCCGCCCUGCCCCAGCUCUCGGGACUGGACCCCAGGCGGGACUACCACUCAGUACGGAGGCCAGAUGUCCUUCUGCACUCAGCUCACCAUGGCCUUGACUCCGGCAUGGGGGACAGCCUUUCUCUGCAUGGCAUCGGACACCCAGGGAUGGAGGAGGUCCAGUCAGUUGAAGAUGCCAAUAACAGCGGUAUGAACUUAUUGGACCAGUCUGUCAUUAAAAAAGUUCCGGUUCCUCCAAAAUCUGUUACUUCUUUGAUGAUGAAUAAAGAUGGCUUCCUGGGUGGAAUUUCAGUCAAUACCGGAGAGGUGUUUUGCUCUGUACCUGGCCGCUUGUCUUUGCUUAGUUCAACUUCAAAAUAUAAAGUAACAGUGGGAGAAGUUCAAAGACGCCUUUCUCCUCCCGAGUGUCUGAACGCAUCCCUUCUAGGAGGAGUUCUUAGAAGAGCCAAAUCGAAAAACGGGGGGAGAUCUUUGCGAGAAAGGCUAGAAAAAAUCGGUUUGAAUUUACCAGCCGGCAGGCGUAAGGCUGCAAAUGUCACUUUACUCACCUCCCUGGUGGAAGGUGAGGCCGUUCAUUUAGCCCGGGAUUUUGGGUACAUCUGCGAAACGGAGUUCCCAGCCAAGGCUGUUUCUGAAUACCUGAACAGACAGCACACGGACCCCAGCGACCUCCACUCCAGGAAAAACAUGCUGCUUGCUACAAAGCAACUUUGUAAAGAAUUUACAGAUCUCUUGGCCCAAGACAGGACACCCAUUGGAAACAGCCGGCCCACCCCUAUUUUGGAACCAGGCAUUCAGAGCUGCUUGACUCACUUCAGCCUCAUCACUCAUGGCUUUGGGGCCCCUGCUAUCUGCGCCGCCCUCACGGCCCUUCAAAACUACCUGACUGAAGCUCUCAAAGGCAUGGACAAGAUGUUCUUGAACAACAACACUGCUAACAGGCACACAUCUGGCGAAGGACCAGGUAGUAAAACUGGAGACAAGGAAGAGAAACACAGAAAAUGA